CUGCGGCCGAGGUGCAACUCAUCAGACUCACCGCCAACUUUGAACAUUGGAGGCGUUGACAGAUGAAUGUGGCAUGAGUGUUCGCUAUUUUUCCGAGGCCUGUAUAGAGCAGUCGACGGAACAGGACCACGCUUUCCAAGGGCGGGUCGCAUACAUUUGAGGAUACAGACAGGGGAGCAGCAGAAGCUUGGCGAACGACUGCGUCCGCUGGAGAGUGUGCCUCUGAGUCCUGGCGAGUGAGAUUGUGCGACUGAGCAGUGACUUCGGAGUGUUGAUCCCCGUCCUCAGACUGGCGAGAUCUAUGCUUAUCCGCUGCCCCUGGCGAGGCCCCAGGAGGGCGUACACACCGCUCCUGGGCCCAGGAUGGGCUGGCCAGUCCUCGAGCCCAGAGUUGGAGGUCCGCCGCAGACGCGGGCCAGCGCGCGCCCGCGCGCGUCAGGACACCUUCGGGGUGGCGGCGCCAGGCUGGUUGGUGCAGGUGGACGAAGAGCCGGUCAACACCAUCGACGAGCUGCUCGUGGCCGUGCGAGCUGGGAAAUUCCAGGGCCGCGAGUGGCUCCGCUUUCGCGCCAUCGACAGCGAGGGCCGGCCCUCCGUUCGGGCGCUGCACCCGGACGGCACCUUCUGGCCCACGGUCGAGCUCGUGCGGG